UUAGGCUGACAUGGCAGAGGCAGGUUAUGGGUCCCCCACCGGAGUACACCUGAACCCUUGCGAUGCGUCUCCCACCAGGGUUUCCCAGGUUGACUGCGGCAACAAAACAAGCAAUACUGCAGACAAGACGGCAGCACAAAAAGGGAAGUUGAGUAACGCGGGUGAGAAACUCUACAUGUGUGACGAGUGUGGUUACCGAACGGAUAAGAGGUCAGACUUAGUCGUACAUGUGAGAGUUCACACCGGAGAAAAGCCCUACAAGUGUGACCAGUGUGACUAUUCUGCUGCACAGAGAUCCUCAUUGAGGCAACAUAGAUUAAAACACACCGGAGACAAACCCUACAAGUGUAGUGAGUGUGGGUACAGAGCAGCACAUAAGUCUACCUUGACUACGCACAUAAGAACGCAUACCGGGGAAAGACCCUACAAGUGUGACCAGUGUGACUAUUCUGCAAUUACUAAAUCGACUCUAGACCUUCAUCUCAAAAAACACGCCGGUAAGAAGCCCUACAUGUGUGGGGAGUGCGGGUACAGGACGACUCGAAUGUUUAACCUAUCUGCACACAUGAGGACCCAUUCGGGAGAAAAACCCUUCAAGUGUGACUGGUGUGAUUUUUCCACUGCAAGAAAAUCAAACUUAGAAGUUCACGUAACAACUCACACGGGUAAGAAACCCUACAAGUGUGUAGAGUGCAGUUAUACAUCAGCUACUAGUUCUAACUUAUCCCGACAUAUGAGAAAACAUACGGGAGAGAAACCCUUCAAGUGUGACCAGUGUGACUACUCUGCAGCAGUUAAAUUCGCUUUGGACAAACAUGUAGCAAGACAUAACAGCAAUCACGAGAAACCCUUCAUGUGUGGGGAGUGUGGGUACAGGUCAGAUCAGAAGUGUCACUUAUUACAACAUUUGAAGACACACACAGGUGAAAGACCCUACAAGUGUGACCUGUGUAGCUAUUCUGCAGCACAGAAAUCCACUUUGUCCCAGCAUCUAAGGACUCACAUUGAUGCCAGACCCUUUAAAUGUGACAUGUGUGGGUACAGGGCUACACAUAGGUGUACAUUAACCAGACAUAUGAGAGCCCAUACUGGAGAGAAACCUUACAAGUGUGACCAGUGUGACUAUUCUGGAGCACGCAAAUGCUCGUUGGACAAACAUAAAGUCACUCACACUGGUGAAAAACCCUUCAUGUGUGAGGUUUGUGGCUACAGGACUGCUCAAAAGACUCGCUUAACCCAACAUAUGAGAACUCAUACAAAAAAAAAAGGACUCCACACGACAUAAAACCUCGGUGAAGUAGUUAUGGUAUUUGCAGUGUAGGAUCCCAGUUUGAUAUGAUUACCAUAGAUUAUAAUAAUAAAACGUUUAUUUGCAAGUUUGUGCCCGAGGGCUAAUUGCAAGUUCAUGGUAUAAACAUAGUAGAUAUACAAGUGACAAUGGACAGUUAUUAACAAUAUUCUACUGUAAUACUGGUGUUGGCUAUUUCUAAACAUGUUGGGUUUGACUUCUUUUUUUGGAAGCAGAGGGAGUCAAAAUUAAUAAUCAACUGUUUUGAGGUUCCAAGAGUUACAGUAUAUUUAUUCCAUAGGUGACCA